GAGGAGUGCCUGUCAGUCACAGGUGAGGGUGGAUGGUUAAAAAAAAUUGGGUGAAAAGGGCCGGAGUGCGGAGACAGCCUGUGCUGAUGGCAGAGCUAUGCGGAGGAGAAGCAUCGUACUCGCGGAUGUAGCAGAAACUUUCCACGGCUUCUCCCGCGGGGAUGUGAGCAGGAACCACCACUGGAGGGAAACAAGCAGCGCUCAACGGAGGUAGAGGCUUAAAAUGUGGAUGAACUGACAUUUACUUCACGUAUCGGACCGGUUAUUUGCUCAACUUGAAGAACAGAGCGCAAACUUGUCUCCUGUGAAAAUGGCCGUCCGUGGAAACUCGUUGAUGCCUUUCUCAAUCCAAGCCAUCCUGAACAGAAAGGAGGACAGCAGACACUUACCAGAUUUGGACAUGUGCUUCUCCAAGACGGCGUGCUGGAAAAUAUUUGGGGAGAUGAACGGAGGGUCUCGGAGGGCUGAUGGGGAGGCUUGUGAGCCCACGGACCAGAAAAGUUACGACUCGGAUUCGGGACUCAGCGAUGACAACGACAGCAAGACUCCGGCCGCGUGCAAGUCAGAGAAGGACGGGGAUCCUGCUUCGGAUGUGCUGGAGGAAAGUUUGCAGGAGGAGACGGAUCAUGAGUCUGCAGCUGCGGAGAACGCGAAGAGUGAUAGUGAACCCAAUAACGCCACGGACUCCAGCACCCUAGAUGAGAAGAGUAUGGACCAGCCCAAGCAGCGGAAAAAGCGCUCCAGGGCCGCUUUCUCUCACGCGCAGGUCUUCGAACUGGAGCGCCGAUUCAACCACCAGCGGUACCUGUCUGGGCCGGAGCGCGCGGACCUUGCGGCCUCCCUGAAGCUCACAGAGACUCAGGUGAAGAUCUGGUUCCAGAACCGCAGGUACAAGACGAAACGCCGCCAGAUGGCCGCCGAUCUCAUGGCUUCGACUCCGGCUGCAAAAAAGGUGGCAGUGAAAGUUUUGGUGCGGGACGACCAGAGACAGUACGGCCCAGGAGAGAUCCUGCGGCCCCCGCUGCUCUCCCUGCAACCGUCCUACUAUUACCCAUAUGCAUACUGCCUCCCGGCAUGGACACUCUCUGCUUGUGCGGGGAACCAGUGAGAGCUCGGUGACUGUAUUUAUUCUUUUUUGGUUUAUCAUUUUGCUCCCAGGAAAUCAAACUAACUCGAUAUUUUUCUGACAAGAGGAGGAGCGCCUCUGAUUGAAGUGCCUCAUCGUGACGUCCAGGCAAGACCAGGGGUUCCUCAACUGAUUUUAUACAUCCCAAAAUACUCUAAAAGGACUCUUAAUAAGAGUCUUUCCAGAGGAACCCUGUUUAAGAAGACAUUUCAAUUGGUUUAGGCAUUAAAACCUAAGUUUAGGUCAGCGGGGAGCCUGGACUUUCUUAUAAAAUGUCAGUAUGUGAACCUCCGAGGAGGGACUCAGAAAUAACAAAGUAUUCCUCUCUUUGCUCGGGAGACUUCUGAAAGCACCCAGGCCCCUUCUUUUGGAACCGGCGGCCUCAACAGACUGAACAUGUCACCUUAUGUUGGUUUCUAUUUUACAUGCGCCUUCCUACCUCUGCAGUGAUUGGAAAUAGGCAUAUUCCAUUGACUUACAUAUAACUGUUUCUGUUGCAGGUUGUGUUUUUAUUUUUUUUCUUGUUGUGUUUGUAAAGGUAAGAUAUUUUGGCACUUUUGAGCAUAUACGUUAUAUUAUUUCAAUGUUUAAAUGCAUUAAGGUGUGUGUGGACAUGUACAGUGUCAUACCGAGGAGUGGUGGUUUGUUGGUGUGAUCAUUUGACACGAAGCAAAAACAGACCAAUCGAAAUGUACAUGUGUUUUGUUAAAUGACUGUUUUAGACAUUAAAACAUAUCAGGCAUAA